GUGCACAGCGAAAUGUCCCAGAAACCAGAGGAAUCCAAAGCACUCCAGAUUCCAGGCCUAUUCCCGGCCAAGGAGGAGCCAGUUUCAGCGCCACCAGACUACCUUCUACAGCGCGACGAGCCAGUCGACUUCCCGCCUACGUUUCCAGUAUAUUACUUCUAUGGAACUCUAACCUCCACGGCCCAGCUGAAAAGGAUCCUCGACCUGCCGAAGGAGCCGCAACUCCGCAAAGCGGAGGUAAAUGGUUUCGCCAUUGCGAAAUGGGGCGAUUAUCCCGCCCUGAUCAAUGGGAAACAAGAGGAUGUGGUGACGGGAUCUACGUACCUCGUGAAAUCCGAAGAAGAAGCCCAGAAGCUGUCGCUUUUAUGAGACGAACGCCUACAAAGUUGCAGAUUGCCAGAUCUACUUCAAAGAUGAUAAAGACCCCAAGGUAUUCGGUGGCAAAGUUUUCGUGUACGCGGGUGAUGCGCAGGCUCUAUUAGAGCAACGAUUCGACCGCAAACUCUGGAAUCGGCAGAUGGCAGGAAAAUUGGGGCGAUAACCUAGCUUGGCGGUAUAGACUUGCUGGCUUCUUUUCUUCUUCAUUUUAUGCUAAUGAAGAAAUGCAUAAUAUCUGCGACGAAGAGGGUUUUACAUCGGCAGCACUGCAACGAGCGUAGUACUAUGUACUUUGGUAAAGAAAGCGGUAGUGCUCGUGUGCUAGAGUAGUACAUGCUUGAUCUUUAUC